AUGGCCCUCGUCGUCCAAGCAUUCACAUUCCUCCACCAAUACAUCUACACCUUCCUCCACCCAACACCCAGCAAAUCCCCCGAAGCACUGAAAGUGGGAGUAAUCUCCUCGGCGCAAAUCAACACUGCUGCUUUAAUCCACCCCGCCGAAUCCCACCCCUCCGUAAUCCUCUACGCCAUCGCCUCGCGCGACCUCUCCACAGCCCAAAAAGCAAAAGAGCAGUACAAAUUCACUAAAGCCUACGGCUCCUAUGAAGAUCUGCUCGAUGACCCUGAAAUUGACUUUGUGUACAUCUCCACGCCAAACGGGCUGCAUUAUGAGUGGGCGGCGAAGUCGCUAAAGGCGGGGAAGCAUGUGCUUUGCGAGAAGCCAUUUACGUCGAAUGCGGCGGAGGCAAAGGAAUUGAUGGAGUUGGCGAAGGAUAGGGGGUUGGUGAUUGAGGAGGCUUUCCAUUGGCAGUUCCAUCCUGCGGCACAUGCAUGGCGUCAGUUAUUGGAUUCGAAGAAAUACGGCAAUAUCCUCCGGACUAAUGCGAUCAUGACUGCUAGUCCUGCUGUUUCGGGUAGUGAUAUCCGGUGGAAGUUUGAUCUAGGCGGCGGCUCAUUAAUGGACAUGACAUACGCGCUAUCUUUCACGCGCUAUGCUCUCCACGCCUCAACACCUAAGCAAAUUGUAUCCGUCAGCGUACGUCCCUCAAGAGGCGACCCUCGCGUCGACGAGGCAAUGUAUGCACAUGUCGACUUCGAAGCGCCAAAUGGCGGCGACGUCCACAGUCGCAUCUACACAGACAUGGCGCGCCACAAAUUUGGCUACAUAAUCCCUCGCGUCUGGGAACUACCCUCCAUCGAAGUCGAGACUGAGAAGGCAAUCAUCCUCUUUUACAACGCCAUUAUGCCGCACUUGUACCACUACAUCACUAUCGUUGAGAAGACGACAGGCGAGACAAAGACCAUCAAACAGUACUCCGGAGGUCCGCUGUGGGGCAAAGUAACUACGAGUACGGGGGAGAAGGGUGGAAAUUAUUAUUGGAGUACGUAUCGGUGGCAAUUGGAGGCGUUUGUGGAUGCGGUUAAGGGGAAGACGCCGGCUUUUUGGGUCGCGAAUCAGGAUAGUGUUUGGCAAAUGGAGUGUAUUGAUUCUAUGUAUCGGGCGGCUGGGUUGCCGGUUAGACCGGGUAAGGAGGUGAGUGAGAAGGGUAAAUAG